UUGGUUGGCCAGUGCAAGAACGGGCACGUUGUGUGCGAUCCCUGCCGCGUUCGCAUCCACGGGACUUGCCCGUCCUGCCGCAAUCCGGUUGGCGAGAUCAGGUGCCGAGCGCUGGAGAAGGCCAUCGCCGACAUGGUCCUCCCCUGCGCGUUCAGCAGACACGGGUGCACGCAGCUGCUCAAGCACAAGGAGAGGCAGGACCAUGAGGCGCUUUGCCAUUAUGCACCAUUCGUGUGCCCGUUCCAGGGUUGCGCCUACUCCGUGGAGUCCACGCUGCUCCUCCACGACCACAUCCUAGACACUCACGCCAUCAACAACGUGGUCAGCUUGGUCGGAUCCACGCAGGUGGUGCUGCACUGGAGCACGCCAUUUGAGGUGCUCCUGGACCCGGUGGACCGGUGCGUGUUCCUGCUGCUCAAUGGCGGGGACGUUCCCUCAGGCCGGUCGCUGUCGGUGGUCUGCCUCGGCCCGCGCCCCAUGGCCAACCAGUUGCUCGAGUACAAGCUGAAGGUCGGCGGCGCCGGUGAACCCGGCGCGCUCUCGCUGUCUGCAUCAGGCUCUGUGCCCUGCAUGCGCAGGUGGGCAGGGCAACACCCUAACGAUGGGUUCCUGUUCGUGCCUAAUGCGUACUGGACCUCCUUCAGCUGCGUCCUCGUCAACGUCCGUGUCCAGAAGUCGGCGGUCGACAGUUUAGUACGUUGCUUUAAGCACGCCUCACUGGAAACAUUCAAUUUACUGGUGUUAGUUUUUGUUUGCUUGGCAAUGGCUCUCGUGUUGGCAUGGAAGACGAUCUAUAGGUAAAGUCCGUAGCGGUUUUUGCAGCAAAGUGGAUGGAUUGCCGCUGCCUUUUGCGUGUCAUGUCGCCUUGUUCAGCUUAGGUCUGUUUGGCUCUUCUUCGUCAUGUGUUCAUGGGUCUCAAUGUCUCAUGAUCAGGCUGCUUUUACUGUGAUCUGAACUAGAGUCAAAGGCAUGCGGCAGCAGCAGCAUGUGUUCUUGUUCGCUGCUCGUCGCCCGUAUGGCUGGGAGAAGUUGAUGUGUCAUGCAUGGAUGAUUCCUACUUUCCUAGCAAUAUAGUGUAUACCCAAUAUGUCAGUAUCGGAAUUGCAGGCUCUUAAGAAACCGGUGCGUUCUGGUUAAGUUCGGAGUUACUCCUACAGUGGUGAACUGAUUUGUAUAAGCGACCUACUGCCCAUUUGCAAACUAUUGGAGAUGCUAUUCAUCAAUCAAGUGACUGAUGUUUUUCC